UCGCCAUAUUUGUUUGUGCUUAAACAGUCCACAUGUUCGGUCUGUAAUAGCUCUUGGAUUAUAAAUACCAAUAGUUAUUGACUUUCCAGGCCAGUGAUUAGUACACGAACGAGAGGUGAAUGGAAGAGUGUCACAGUUUUAACAAAACAGAUAGGAAGCUACAAGGUGGACUGGAUACCACACAGUCUGUCGUCCACUAGCUGUAUCUUUAAUAUGUAGUAAUGGCUGAAGCUGGUCCCAAGAAGACCGUCGAAGUAGACAAAGACCAUCUGUCCUGCUGCAUAUGCUUAAAUCUAUUGUCAGUGCCAAAGCUUUUACAGUGCUGUCACACAUUCUGCAGGAAGUGUCUUCAGAAGUACAUAGAAAAGCAAGAGGAUGCCUCACACAAGAAAGGGUUUGACUGUCCAGUGUGUAGGCAGUUCACCGCAAUACCAAACCCAAUGGCGGGAUGGGCAGACCAAAUAGUGACAGACUUCCGAAUUCAAGCCAUGAUCGAUGAUUCGCCAGAAUCAGGUGGAAAGCAAGGUGUUACAUCUGAAGUUUCAGCAAAUGAUCGGGAGUUCAUUCUGGUGGAAGUGAUUAAUGGUAAGACUAGUCAAGAUGAGAAGAACCCAAAAGUCACUGACAUUGUUGUUCUUAUGCAAGAAGACAAAGAUGUGAUCGUCAUCGCUGACGGAAACAACUGCUGCGUGAAGGCAUUUUGGAUGGAACCAUAUAAAGACCGGGAGAUGAGCUGUAGAUUAAUUAUUAAUGAAAUGAUAAAAAAUUCUUUGGGAAGAAUAGCAAAAAUAAACGAAACCCAGAUAUUUCUCACAGCUUUUCACUGCCAAACGCUGUACAUAAUAACUGUGAAUAAUGGCUUAAGUAUCCACACCACUAUAGACACAGGAAAAUUUAAUUUGGGCAAUGGGGUUAUUAGCGCAAAGACCCCGUCUAUACCCGAAACCCGACUGGCGAUCGGCUACAGUAAAGGCUUAUCAAUUAUGGACAUGGAUGGUAGUGUGGUGAGAAACAUGGAUAUUUCUAAUGAUGGUCAGAACUAUACAAACGAUCCAUGGUACCUAGCAAUAACACCCGCUUGUAAUAUCCUUGUGUCGGACCGAAAUGACUGUCUGCUUUGUGUGACCCAGAAAAGGGAAGUGUUGUGGAAAUACCCGACAAAAACUCCAGCUGGCCUAGACUGUGAUGUGCAAGGAAACAUAUAUCUUGCAAUAUGUGACGAAAACAAGGUGGUUCUCAUGUCCCCUGAUGGAGAGUUCAUUAACGAUGUAUUAUCAGCUGAUAACAUUAAAAAGCCGCGUGGUAUAUGGUAUGACUCUGUAAAAAAACGACUCUACGUUGCAGAACUCGACGGCUUAAUCAAGGUCUUUGAGCACAAACAAUGAGCUUUAAAACAAAACUAUUCUUCUGUUAGUAAAUAACAAGUAAUGUAGCCUGCACUAGGGUGUUUGAACGAUAGCUCCAAUGUCAUGACCUUUGCAAACUGAAAUAACACAGUACUUUCAAUAAUAAAACAGCGUCUUCAAUAGCGCUUAUAACGGUUCAUUAUUCAAACCAAUAAUGUGGAAAUUCUCCAUGACAACUAUGCAUCAGAAUUGCGACAACUGAAAGAAGCAAUUCAGUAGUUGCAAUUCAUUAAACCAUAUUACAUAAACAAUCUUAUAUCUCGUGCAUGUUAUCAUUUUAGGUUAAUACAGAAAAACACAUGUUCAAGCAGAAUAGUACAUAACAAAAGAGCUUUGGUGUAUCCAAUAAAUGCAAAAUAACACUUGUAUAUAGCAUUAGCUUUUAUGCUUAUUCAGUUACUUGUACGUAAUAGGUAGUGUUAAUUUCAGUGGACGGUUUUGUUUUGACAUCCAGGUCAUCAUCAUUGAACAGCCAUUCAGAUGUUUUAAAAUUGAUCUUCAAGAUAUGUUGGAUAUCACCGUGUGAUACAAAUACCACAGAGUUUUCUCUCAUGGGUGUGCAAGGAAUUGUAUUUGAAAACAUUAUACACCACAUACAUACAAUUAUACCUUUUAUUAUACUGAAUCAUGCACAACGCAAUAGAUUAUAAAAUCUAUGAAGACAUUUCUUGUGAUUAAUUGAAAGAUGUGGGAGACAAAUUACUAUAAUGUGUGUUCCAGUCUGACUGAAACAAAAUUUUACAUUCUGUUGUGCCAUUUCGUGAAGUCAUUCCCAGUGUGUUAAGCUGUAGGUAGACAUAUGCUAGUGGCGUUUCCAUUGACCAUAUGAAUGGUCAUAUAAACACUGAACAGUGAUUGCUCUGCUCAAAAUUACUAAUGGAUAUUGACAUUUUUAAUGUAUCUUCGAUAGUAUGUGAUCACUAAUAUCUAAAAUAGUGUGCACGCGAUGAAAAACACUAGUUCUGAAUCAAGAGUAUUGCAGUUGUCACAAAUCAAAUCCAAUGCAGUGGCGGAUCUUGAUGGGGAUCUCGGGCCCGGGCGUCCACUAAAUUAUAUAUAUAUAUAAUUAUUUUCCGAGGAAUCCCUUCGGGAACGUUUGUAGCCUUCGGCCACAUGUCAUUGGGACCCCCUAAAUGGAUGUUCUGGAUUCGCCACUGAAGUGACACCAGCAUCAGACAUACGACUGGUAGUUGGGGUUUGAAAGAGGACUAUUGAUUAUUGACAUCAGCGACGUGGCCAUCAAAAAGCUAUGAUCUCUAGCAGUAACACCUGCUUGCAAUGCACUUGUUUCAGACAAAGAACACUGUCUGCAUUGUAUUACCAGGAAAGGAGAUGUUAUGAAAGUGAAAAUCGAUUCAGUUGGUGGACUGUGAUGCAUAAGGAAACAUAUACUUUGUAACAGGCAGUAAAACCAAGGUACUUCUCUUGUAUCCUGCUGGACAGUUCCUCAAAGAACCACUGUCGGAUACUGGCAACACAGAAGGACCAAAUGGAGUUUCCUAUAACAACGAUGAUACAUUAUAGAGCUCGGCGGUUUGAUACACAUAUUUGUACUUUAGUGAUAAAUUAACAAUGAAUAUAUUUUAUGACGAUAAAGUAUUACAAAACUCUUAUUAGAUAGUCCUAAGCAAUGGAUACACACUUCACUGAAAACAUUUACUUAUUCUACAUAUAUAUUGAUUUCGUGAUUUAAAUUUCAUAUUAUAACGGUAAAGUCUGGAACCAAAGUUGUGAUGAAAACCAUACCACAAUGUACUCGUUAGUUAUUUUGUCCUUUGUAUAAUUGUAUUUUGUACAUGCCAUUGAUUUGCUAGACUACAUGGAUAAAAUCAAAGUAUAUAAUGUGUAAUUAAUUACUGAAUAAAUUAUUUUUCACACCAGUGUAAAGGGAUCAAUAUAUACAACCGAUUCUAUACUUUCUGUUGCUUAUAUAUCCAACUUUAUAAUCAGUAAAGCAAUGUAAAAUGUUUGUACAUGUACCUGCUAGUAUUGAAUAACUGCUUACAUAAU